UCUGAGCCCAAUCAAGUUGCAGUCUAAUCACCAACUUGUUGAAUCAAUUGAUCAAAUCAUUUUCAAUAAAGUCUUUGAUGAAAUAACAUCGUCGUUUUGACAUCCAUUCAAUUUUUUUGAUUGACUUUAUUUAAUUGUUUAAAAAUUAACUGUGAAUGUUGUGAAUAAUUGUAUAAUUGAAUUUACCAAGUGAUUAAUCAAAAUGCCAAUCCAAUUGUUUGAAUCGGAAACACACGCAUCGACCUAUGCUCAGGCUCGACCCUCUCCACCUCAGUCGUUAAUUGGUUCAAUUCUGAGUUUCCUCGAAUCAGGAUUUCCACCAGAUACUAACGGUCUAUGGCCACAGGCAGUUGAUGUCGGCGCUGGUUCAGGACAAACAACUUUUCUUAUGAAAGAUCAUUUUAAACACAUCCUGGGUAUCGACAUAAGUGCCGCUCAAAUUGGUGAAGCCAAUAAGCGAAACAUUUAUCCAAAUGUAUCAUUCAAGGUCUCUCCAGCUGAAACAAUUCCACUCGAGAAUGAAUCGGUAUCACUAGUCACGGCCUCUCAGUGUCUCCACUGGUUCGACCUGGAAAAAUUUUACACUGAACUUAAUCGGAUUCUCGUGCCUGGUGGGGUUUUUGCUACUUUUGGGUACUUGCCCGUACCAAUUAUUUCAACAGACGAUUCUUCGAGUAAAAACAAACUCGCUCAGUUAGUUGAAAAAUGUCGCCUUGAGCUGAGCGACUUAUGGGAACAGCCUGGAACUGAUUUUCUCAAUUCGAAAUACACUGGCUUGAAGUUACCCUUUAAUGAUAAUCAUAAAAUCAACACGAUAAAGUGUUCAGUCCCAUAUUCUGGACAAAAGUAUUUCGACUACAUCACCUCAUGGUCAGCAUAUAAUGAGCUGAUGGAAAAGAAUCCAGAAAAGGCCAAAAAAUUCACCGAUAAUAUCGUCAACCAAUUGAAAGUUAUACUUGAAACUGACGAUGUUUUUUCAGCACAAUUUCAUCAUGAGUUUGAAUUUUUCCUUCUCAUGUCACGAAAACCAGAAAAUUAGUUAUCUACAAUACGGUUCAUAAAUACUCAAAGUGACAAAUCUAAAUGAAUACUUGAGUAAACAAUUAACCUGAUUAAUGUUUUAUUUUAAUUAUGUAAUUGUUGAUAAUUCAACUGAUAAAAACAGUGGUAAAACAAUGUAAAACAAAUGAAUCUGCAAUUUCCUGAA